AUGAACGCAGAGAGACGCUCUAGCUUGGGGCCCUUCGAUGCACGCUGCGCUGCCGACGCAGAAGACCAUUGCAAUAUCAUUACGACACCGUGGAUGGACUGGAUCCCCGAGUUUCCACGCAUUGCGGGCCGGGAGAUCGUCACGUUCAGGGAUGGUCUCUGGGGACCCCAGGAGUACACCCGCUGGCCGCAGAUGUACAACGAAGGCUGCGUCCACCAUGCCUGUAUUCCGACCAGGCACUCGGAUUACGCACCCGGGAAUCAAGUGUACGAUGGACUCGGCUAUGAUCCCUGGGAGGAAUCGCCGACUUGUGGUGUACUUGGAUUUGGAUACCUGAAGUCGGACGUGUUGCAGGAGCUGCAUAAAAUUGCGGCGCGCACCAUCAUGCAGUACGAGCAGGCCGAUUCCUUCGUGCGGCAGCGCGAGGACAUAGGAUCCCAUCAAUCGUCUGUCGAUCGACGCCUGGGCGGCAUGCUGUGCCUUCUCUUGAGGAACGCCGUCGACCGACUUAGAGCACUGCCCAGCACUGAGCUGCACACGUUGGUGACAGCGAGGAUGGCUCACCGCCUGAUCCUCGAACUUGCGGGUCUAUCAGUGUAUUACAGCAUCGUCGUCCCCCGCGUCGCCCACGUGCACCCCCUUCCGCGCACACCAUUGAAGGUACUGGGUGCUUUUGUUCGCAAUGACGCCGCCGCCCAGCUGCUCCAUCGUGUCGGUGUGCCCUUCUGGUACAUUCGGCCAUGGUCGGCUGACAUCUAUAUCCGCAAGGUUGUGAAGCCCUGUCAUUGGCAGACCGAGCUCAGUGACGAACCUGCUUGGCCGCGAAUCCCCAAGAGCUGGUACGACCCGGACGGCACCCAUCAGGACCCCUCACGCUGGACGCACCCAUCCGUCAUCUUCGUGAGCAACCUUCUGUGCUCCUCGGCAUUGCCUCGACUCCAGGUACUCGCGCGGCCUGACGGCGUGGAAAGCGACGCUAAGAGGCACAAGGGCGAUGACGCCACCAAGCCAAUUAUGGCAGGUCCUCAGGUUCCACCGCAGACUCGCAACUCGAAAAAGAGAGGCAAACGGGCGCGGGGGGGUCGAAGAGGGGCCAAGACACCAGACUCACAUCCCGCCACAACGUUCGAGGCGCCUCCCUCGGAUCUUGUCAGGCUCAGUCCUAACUGGACUGCUGCCCUGUCCGAUCUGUCGCCACUCCCGUUCCCCCCUCCUGUCGCCCUCGAAUACUUCUUUCCCCCUCCCUUUGUCGUGUACCAUGCGGAGACUCAAAAAGCGCGGUACAUCCACAACUUCACGCGGAUUCGUGAGUAUUGCAGGCACCGUCUCGUCGACGCCGCCAUCAAUGGGACACCCUUGCGUAUCGCCGAUUGGCGUCAUGUGCUGCAUGGCGAUUAUCGUCUCGACGAUCACGACGAGAAGGACAAGACGGGACAAGAGGUUCAAGCACCGGGUAAUCCGCCGUCGUCGGAUUCGCAGAAACGUAGCUAUCUCUACGAGCGAUCGCAGUGCGUGCGUCGGCUCUUCGCCAAAGGCGGCUCGCUGCUUUCCUACGACGAACGGAACGUGUCGUCGUAUCGCGGGAUGAAAGUCACUCUCGAGGCCGCCAAAACCAACCACAUGUUGAAGACAUUGGUGCUUUGGGAGCUCUACGAAACCAACUGGCGUUGUGAGUUGCGCGCCCUCGACAACCUCCUCGUCGACCAUUCGGACGACGCCUUUCGCCAGUGGGAACGUGAGCAACGAGUUGCUGAAGUGUGGCGCUCCUCGCUUCAUCAAACCGCGUUCUCGGUCGUCGAUGUCUCCUCCCCCGCCUUCUGUUGGACACCUGCAGGCGAGGAAGGUUGGCAGGGUCGACGAAGGAACCUUCAGGCUCUCUUGCGGGUCAUGAGUGCGUGGCCACAAGUGCCCGAGAUGGUGCGAGCAAACGCCACCACCAUAGGGGAUUGCGACGAUGCAGGGCACUUCGACGCAGUUGAGGCCACUGCACUCAAGUUCUAUGUCAAAACCUUCGCGUCGAAGUUUGACCGUCUGCCAUGUCCUCCCGUGCAACUCGUGUCUCCCCCGUAG